AGAACAACAACAUCCAGACAGGAACUCGGCGCGGGAGGGCAGAGCAUACGUUAGCAGCAACAUGGCUAAAGAUUUGCGACGAGAAUUGUUUUGUUGGGUUUAAGUGAAUAAACCGAAGAAAGAAUGAACCGCAAGAAAGACAAGGGCUUUGAGAGCCCACGACCAUAUAAACUGACCCAUCAGGUUGUCUGCAUCAACAACGUAAAUUUUCAGAGGAAGUCUGUCAUUGGUUAUGUGGAGCUGACCAUCUUUCCAACAGUGGUGAACCUGAACCGUAUUAAAUUGAACAGCAAACAGUGCCGAAUCUACAGGGUCAGAGUGAAUGAUCUUGAAGCUCCAUUCAUUUACAAUGACCCCACACUGGAGGUCUGCCAUCAUGAGUCCAAGCAGAGGAACCUGAACUAUUUCUCGAGUGCUUAUACGGCAGCAGUUAGCGCUGUGGAUCCAGAUGCUGGGAAUGGGGAGCUUUCUAUUAAAGUACCUUCUGAGCUCUGGAAGCAGGGGGAUGAGAUGAAAGUUAUGAAGGUGUACAUUGAAUUCUCAUUGGACCAGCCAAAAGGAGGCUUGCAUUUUGUAGUACCUGAUGUGGAAGGAAACAUGUCAGAAAGAGCAGCCCAUGUCUUCUCCUUCGGCAACCAAAAUUCAUCACGUUUCUGGUUUCCAUGUGUGGAUUCAUACUCUGAGCUGUGCACAUGGAAGCUGGAGUUUACAGUGGAUGCGUCCAUGGUGGCAGUCUCAUGUGGGGAUUUAGUCGAGACAGUUUACACCCAUGACAUGCGCAAGAAAACAUUUCACUACAUGCUGCCAAUUCCCACUGCGGCCCCUAACAUCUCCAUGGCUGUAGGACCCUUUGAGAUUCUUGUGGACCCCUACAUGCAUGAGGUGACUCAUUUUUGCCUGCCUCAGCUUCUGCCCCUUCUGAAGCACACCAUGUCCUACCUGCAUGAGAUUUUUGAGUUCUAUGAGGAGAUCCUCACCUGCCGCUAUCCUUAUGCUUGCUUUAAGACAGUCUUUGUGGAUGAGGCUUAUGUGCAGGUCUCAUCAUAUGCAUCAAUGAGUAUUUUCAGUACCAACUUGCUGCACAGUGGUUUGAUCAUAGAUCAGACUCCUAUGACCAGGAGCUUUCUGGCACAAGCUCUGGCCCAGCAGUUUUUUGGCUGCUUUAUCUCUAGGAUGUCCUGGGCUGAUGAAUGGGUUUUGAAGGGAAUUUCAGGAUAUAUUUAUGGGCUCUAUCUGAAGAAAACCUUUGGAGUCAAUGAGUAUCGUCACUGGAUUAAGGAGGAACUGGAUAAGAUUGUGGAAUAUGAGCUAAAGAUUGGUGGAGUCCUGCUACAUCCCACCUUCUCUGGAGGGAAAGAAAAAGACAAUCCAACACCCCACCUUCACUUUUCCAUCAAACACCCACACACACUGUCCUGGGAAUAUUACAAGAUGUUCCAAUGCAAAGCCCACUUGGUCAUGAGGCUCAUCGAAAAUAGAAUUAGCAUGGAGUUCAUGUUGCAGGUGUUCAACAAGCUCUUGAGUCUGGCCAGCACUGCCUCAUCCCAGAAGUAUCAGUCUCACAUGUGGAGCCAGAUGCUGGUGUCCACAUCUGGAUUCCUCAAAUCCAUUUCCAAUGUAUCAGGGAAAGACAUAGGACCACUCAUCAAGCAGUGGGUAGAUCAGAGUGGAGUGGUCAAAUUUUUUGGAAGUUUUGCUUUUAACAGGAAAAGAAAUGUUUUGGAACUAGAGAUCCGUCAGGACUACACAUCAUCAGGCACACAGAAAUAUGUGGGCCCUAUAAAAGUGACUGUACAGGAAUUGGAUGGGUCAUUUAACCACACUUUGCAGAUUGAGGAGAACAGUCUCAAACAUGACAUUCCCUGCCACUCCAAAAGCAGAAGGAACAAGAAGAAGAAAAUCCCUUUGAUGAAUGGAGAAGAAGUUGAUAUGGACUUGUCAGCCAUGGAUGCUGACUCUCCUCUGCUGUGGAUCCGAAUUGAUCCAGACAUGUCAAUCCUGCGGAAGGUGGAGUUUGAACAGGCUGAUUUCAUGUGGCAGUACCAGCUGCGCUACGAGAGGGAUGUAGUGGCCCAGGAGGAGGCAAUCUUAGCGUUAGAAAAAUUUCCCACCCCGCCAUCACGACGUGCUCUUACAGAUAUCCUAGAACAAGACCAGUGCUUUUAUAAAGUCCGCAUGCAUGCCUGCUUCUGUCUGGCUAAGAUUGCGAAUUCCAUGGUAAGCACCUGGACCGGCCCCCCAGCCAUGAAGUCUCUCUUCACACGCAUGUUCUGCUGCAAAAGCUGCCCAAAUAUUGUCAAGACCAACAACUUCAUCAGUUUUCAGAGCUACUUCCUGCAAAAGACGAUACCUGUGGCCAUGGCUCAACUCAGAGAUGUUCAGAACCUUUGUCCCAGAGAGGUCCUGAGCUUUAUACUGGACCUCAUUAAAUACAAUGACAACCGGAAAAACAAGUUUUCUGACAAUUACUAUCGGGCUGAAUUGAUCGAUGCUCUGACAAAUUCACUGACUCCUGCUAUCAGCAUUAAUAAUGAGGUGCGCACAGUGGACAGCUUGAAUGCAGAUGUUCGACUGAUCUUGGAGGAAAUCACACGCUUUCUCAACAUGGAAAAGCUUCUGCCAAGCUAUCGGAACACCAUAACUGUCAGUUGCUUGCGAGCCAUUCGUAUGCUUCAGAAGAAUGGACACAUCCCCAGUGACCCCAGCCUUUUUAAAUCCUACGCUGAGUAUGGCCACUUUGUGGAUGUGAGGAUUGCCGCGCUGGAAGCUGUAAUAGAUUUUACCAGAGUUGAUAGGAGUUCGGGUGAACUGCAGUGGCUUCUGGAUCUGGUACAGAAUGACCCAGUCCAUUACGUAAGACAUGAGAUUCUCAGCAUGCUUGCCAAGAACCCACCUUUCACCAAAGCAGCAGAUUCAUCAUUGUGUAAUGAGGCUUUAGUAGACCAACUGUGGAAGCUGAUGAACUCGGGUACCUGCCAUGACUGGCGUUUGCGAUGUGAUGCCGUGAAUCUGUACUACACUUUGUUUGGGCUUACUCGACCCUCCUGUCUGCCACUGCCAGAGUUAGGUCUCGUACUGAACCUGAAGGAGAAAAAAGCUGUUCUCAACCCCACCAUCAAAUCUGAGCAGAUCCCUGGAGUCCCAGAGAUGCCCCCUAGCAUGACCUUCAUCAGCACUCUAAAGGAAGAGCAUGUUGUCAUGGAUGCAGCAUUGAGUGGUGUAGCCAUGGUCCCACUGAGUUUAAAGAGGAAGGCAGAGACCCCAGUAGGUUCAGUCCCUGAACCUGGACAGGUUUUACAAGAGGAGCCCAGUGCUAAAAUCACACUGAAGAGCAGAGUGAGUACCCAGCUCUGA